AUGGAUUCAUCUCCAUACCAAGAAGAUUUUAAUGGUGGAUCGCUAUACUAUUCAGAUUUACCCAUAAAAUCACAGCUACAAAAAGAUAAAUAUAGACACUAUGGAAGAAAAAUAUUAUUUUAUUUAUUAUUGGCAUAUUUUAUUACAGCAACAGUUAUGUUUCCUUUUUUAAUUACAAACUUAACCUUUUGGUUUUGGUUAAUUCAUAUAAUUUAUUUCGAAUUAGAUUUAACAAGUAGUAAAAACAAUAUAUUUGUUCAAAUUAUUCAUGGUUUAAGUUUUGUAGGUAGUUUUGUAGUAAUGGUAACAUCCAUUAUAUUAUUAGUAAUUUUAAAUCCAGAUUUUAUUUCAAAUAGAGCAAAAAUAGAACAUCAUAGUGUGGCUUUUGCUUGGUCACAAAAUGUUUUAAUACAUUGGGUACCACCAGUUUUAUUAUCAAUAGAUUUAUUUUUACAUAAAGAGCAUAUUAGAAAAAGACAUCGUUUGAUUUUAAAGCGUAGUGUAAGAAGAGCCUGGGUUAAAGAUAUUUUCAAAGUAUUUUGGUGUGUAUUUGCUCCAUUUGUUGUAGUUGGAGCUUGGUUUGGUGCUGGAUUUACAAUUGAUAAAGUUUAUGGUGUUCAUAAUUAUAAUUUAACAGCUUUAUUAUGCUCUAUGGGUGCCAUGGAUGUUGUUGUAGGAAUAGUUUUUGUAUAUUUCAUAAGAAAAAGAGAUGCAGACUCGUAUGUCAGAUUAAAUAAUUAA